GCAGGGAGGGGUGCAUGAUGGUGAACCUGGAGCAUGUGAAGGCCAUCGUGUCAGCGCAACAGGUGCUGCUUUUCAACCCCUCCUCGCCGCCCGUUGCUGCUUUUUCCGCCCACCUGGAAAGGGGUGAAAUACAAGGAGUGGGAGGCGGAGAGAGAGAAGGGGAGCCAGGAGGGGAAGGGGCAGGGGAAGGAGGAGCAGGAAAAAGAACAGAAGCAGAUGUUGCAAGGCAUGGAGAGAAGGAGGAGAGUGAAGGGAAGGAGGAGAGUGAAGGCGAGGAGGAGAAAGGGAAAGAGCAGGAGGCAGUGAGCGGGAAAGAGGACGAGGAAGCAAAAGGGGGCGAGGAGGGUGGGGAGGAGGAGGAGGAGGAGGAGGAGGAGGAGGAGGAGGAGGAGGAGGAGGAGGAGGAGGAGCCGUUACCGUUCGAGUUCCGGGUGCUGGAGCAGAUACUAGAGGAGGUGGUGAGCAGGAGGCUGGAGGGGGAGUGUCGCGAGCUGGAGAGGGACGCGUAUGCGGCUCUGAAUGCACUCGCACGAGCUGUCAGCACGGCAGGACUGGAGGCGGUCAGAGGGGUGAAGAACCGGCUUACUGUGUUGACUUCCCGCGUGCAGAAGGUAUGUGAGGUCCGAGAUGAAUUGGAGCAUCUACUGGAUGACGACAGGGACAUGGCAGACCUCUCUACCUCACACUGUGCUACCUUUUACGCUCGCUCGUUUUUCACCUUGUUUCAGGGGCGGUGUGAGUUGGAGCAUCGAUUGGAUGAUGACCGGGACAUGGCAGACCGCUGCUACCUCACACUGCGCUGCUCUUGUGCUCCUUCUGCCCUUUCUCUCCAUCCUUCCCGUUGUCUCCCCUCCUUGCUCUAUUCAGACGAGUUGGAGCAUCUAUUAGAUGAUGACAGGGACAUGGCAGACCUCUACCUCACACGCCAGCUGCAAUGGCUCACUCUGCCCGCCUCUCCCGCACACUCUCCCUCACACUUGCCCUCACACUCUCCCUCACACUCUCCCUCACACGCUCACCCUCUCUCUCUCGCACACUCUCCCCCACGCUCUCACCCACACUCUCCUGCACAUUCACCCCCACACUCCCCCACACACUCUCCUUCAAACUUUCCAGCACACACUCCCACACACUCUCCAACAGCCUCUCCCUCACUCUCACGCUCACCUUCACAUUCCCCUCCACUUGACCUUUCUUCUCCUCCUCCCAAUCCCCAUUCUCCUCAUAUUCAGCCAACUGCUUCUGGGCCUGCCUUCCCCCCUGCUUUUCCCCCUGCGACCGUCUCUGGUCACAGGGGCUCCCUCAAUCACUCCCCCACUCACUCCCUCACCCACUCCCUCACUCACUCCCUUCCUCACUCCCUCACUCACUCGCUCUCCUUCCUCCCUGUCACUGGCCGAAGCUUCCGAAGCUCUGGCAGGGGCGCAUGGGGGGGGAUGGGGGGAACGCCGAGGGGGGGAAUGGGGCGGAUGGGGGGAAUGGGGGAGGGGUCGGGGAGCAGUGUGAGUUCGAGUGUGGUGAGUGUGGGAGGAGGGGAGGACGUGGAGGAAUUGGAGAUGCUUUUGGAGGCGUAUUUCACUCAAGUGGACCGGCUAUUGAACGAUCUCACAGCGGUGAGUGAAGAACUAGGCUCUGUAGGCUCUGCCUUGCUUGAGGUGGUGGCUGGGUGGUUGCGCUGCUGGAUUGCAGUGGGAGGAGGGGAGGACGUGGAGGAGUUGGAAAUGCUGCUGGAGGCGUAUUUCACUCAAGUGGACCGGCUAUUGAACGAUCUCACAGCGGUGGGUGGAUGGGUGUGCUGCUGUGUGGAUGGAGGGGAGGACGUGGAGGAAUUGGAGAUGCUUUUGGAAGCGUAUUUCACCCAGGUGGACCGACUAUUGAACGGCCUCACAGUGCUCCACGAGUAUGUGGCCGACACAGAGGACUAUCUACACGAUUGCGUGACUGACAUGGAGGACUAUGUGAACACGCAGCUGGAUGAGAGGGCACUCUCUCCACGAGUAUGUGGACGACACAGAGGACUAUGUGAACACGCAGCAAGACUACCAGGGAAAGAGAGCACCAAUGUAUUCCCUUCCCUUCUAUCUCCUUGUUGUCAACUCUACCUGCACCCUCAGCUGCACGAGUACGUGGACGACAUGGAGGACUAUCUGCACGAGUAUGUGGAUGAAACAGAGGACUAUGUGAACACCGAGAGCACACACUGUAUUCUCUUACGCGCUCUGUCUACCCCCACCCCUUCCCUCCCUCAGUUGCACGAGUAUGUGGAUGACACAGAGGACUAUCUCCACGAGUAUGUGGAUGACACGGAGGACUAUGUGAACACGCAGCUGGACUACCGCAGGAACCAGCUGCAGGGGAUGCAGGUGCUGAUAACAGCAACAGGCACGGUCCUAUCAAUGCUCAUUGUCAUCAUAGCAGCCUUCUCAAUGAACCUCCCCAACUUCCUCUUUGAGUCGGACGGCCAGUUCCUCCCCGUGCUGCUGCCUCUGCUCAGCACCGGUGCUGCUCUUCUGGGUGGUUUCGUUUACUACACCUGGUAUUUCCAAAUAAUCACCUGA